AUGAAUGAUGCAAAAGUAAUUAGUAGCAAACAACUUAAAAGCAUUACUCCUCUGCUAACAUUCAUCAUAGAUGGAGUUAAACUUUAUCCUCAUUCUAAAUAUCCAAGACCAUUAUUAGUUACAGAUGAAGAAGAAUUUGAAUCACAAAAAAUUACCAAGAAAGACAUAAUUACAGAACAACUUUAUCAUGUUCUAUACUUCCUUCAAAACACUGCUCUUAAUCUCUCAGGUCAACAAAGAGUUUUACUCAGAACAGAAGAUAAACAAGUUAUUUUUGUUGAUCCCAGACUUAAAGUACCAGAUGUCUUUGAUGACUAUCUUGCUAUGCUUCAUUUACUCAUGGAAGACCGUCGCGUCUGUUCAGUUGAAAAAGGUUCAGAAAUUAUGAAGUUUGUAAAGAGUGAUCUUACUCAUAGCAUUCCAACAGGUGCUAAAAGAAUCGCUGCCUAUCUUUCAAAGACAGAUUCAGUAACAUCCCCUGAUGAAUUUUUGAAAGCAGAACCUACAGCCGUCUACAUACAUUUAGAUCCAACUGUACAAUCAUAUGAUGAAGUUUUGCUUGGAAAAUACUGCGUUUCAAAUGAUAUAUUGUCUGCUGUUACUUUAGCUUCAAGAAUCCUUCAUAGCAUGGAAUCUAAAGCUAAUUUGUGGUGA